AUGUCUUCAACCAAAAAGUCUGGGGCCAAAAAAAGCACAGAGGAGCGCCGCGACCCAAUUAUGAAAUGGGCGACUCGAGUCGUCAUACUGGCUCUGUUCCUCGCGUUCUGUGGUUGGCUGGACACCAUCAAGGAUCGGUGGUAUGUCUUCGAGCCUAGCAAACUGCAUGCGCUCGCACAGGAUGCCAUAGCUGCCCAUCCGGACGAUACAGGCGCAAUGGUGCACCACAUAGUCUCUAACCUCACGGCCGAAUACCCCAGCUCCCAAAUUCGCAUCAACCCCAACGAGCGCGAGUGGGUCUUCAACAAUGCUGGAGGUGCCAUGGGCGGGAUGUAUAUCAUUCACGCAAGCAUCACUGAGUACCUCAUCGUUUUCGGCACGCCUCUGGGCACGGAGGGGCAUUCUGGGAUACAUACUGCGGAUGAUUACUUCCAUAUCCUCUCUGGCGAGCAGUGGGCCUACACCCUGGGUAGCUUUGAGAAGGAGGUGUACACAGCGGGGAGUGUCCAUUUGAUGCCGAGAGGUGUGAGGAAGCAGUAUAAGAUGCACAAGGGAUGCUUUGCUCUUGAAUAUGCUCGAGGAUGGAUCCCGCUCAUGUUGCCCUUCGGCUUUGCUGACGCAAUCUCAUCAACGAUGGACUACAUAAGUGUAUACGACACGGUCCGCGCGACAGGGAGGGAGAUGAUCAAGAACUUACUUAUUGGCAAGAUAUAA